AUGCAAGAGACAGCAAGGCUUUUUUUUCCUCCCGCGGACGUUAUUCGACCGGCGCUCGGAAGGGCCGGUUUUCUAGGCUCACUGUACGAUCUUCGACGUGAUACAUUCGUCACAGGCAAUAUCUUCAAGAAAGAACUGACGGACGAUGUGGUUAAUAUUACGCAUACAAACGAAAUCGAUUUUACCUAUGAUCACGAAAAUAAUUUUUCAUCUAUUCUCAAGACGCUCAAUGUCAAAGGUGAUUUUAAAAUCAACAUACUCUGCAGUCUGACAGCUACGCAUGUUGUCACACGAAUUCGAUGGGGUGCCAACAUUUUACUCUCCUUUGAAACCGAUGUUCAUGAUGAAUCCAAUCGGCGUCAGAUUGAAGCGAAUUUAAAAGUUUCUUUAGAAAAAUUAGGUCCAAUUGCAUCUGUUGACACGUUGCUCGAUGUCAAGGGUAUGGACGAUAAGGCAAUCAAUUUUGAACGUAUUAGGAUUAAAAUUGCUGGUGAUAUCAAACCAGAAACGUUGCCUUCGACCGUGAUCGAAGCCGCUCAGCUUAUUUCACAAGUUCCUCGACUCAUCGAAAAGAUUAACCGUGGUAAGGGCAAACAGCUUGAAUUUACCUUGUGUCCCAUCGAUGAAGUCUCUAGACAACUUGGCGUUCACCGAGACUUUAGGAUUAGCACUCAUAUCCGUUCUAUCGAUAAUGCCCUCAUUCGACUUAUUGAACAAGAAUUUGAUGAACUUCUUCGUGAUGUUCAACAAACGAAUCGUGUUAUUGAUGCGGUUAAUGAUUUCAGCGAAUUUCUUCCUGCCAAAGAGUGUAGUGCCGUUAGAAGACAAAAGGUACGACUUGAUCAAAAUAUGGAUAGAUUUCGAGGACACCUCAUACAGCUCCUGGUAGAAUACCGCUCAAUGACCACUGCAGAAAAUAAUGAUCAUGUCAAGAACAAAAUUGAAACCAUACUGUAUGAGCAGCGUGAAAAGUCAGAACGAGACACCAGUGAGUUUUUGAAAAUGAGUCAAGCAAUCGUAGAUAAAAUUGAUGUCAUCAGUCGCGUUCAAUCUGCUGGUGGCAUUCGGUGUCUCCGUCGUGGU